AUGGCGAUUCGAGUCGCCGUUUUUGUUGUAGGGAUUGCAUUACUGCUCGCUGCCCCUUUAACUCAGCAGAAUGGGGUUCUCAAGUUUAGUUACACUGGAGCGACGGGUCCGGACAAGUGGGGGAGUUUGUGUCCAGAAUUCAGCGCAUGCUCCAAUGGAAAGCUUCAAUCCCCUGUGGACAUUGUGACCAAGGAUGUCGUCUCCAAUCCCAAAUUGCAGCCUUUGAACAGAGAAUAUGGAACCAGCAAUUCUACUUUGAUUAACCAUCGCUACACUAUUGGGUUGCAUUAUGAAAGCGAUAAGGUUGGUAGAUUGAUUCAAGAUGGCAAGAACUAUACCUUGAAACAAAUCCAUUGGCAUUCGCCUUCCGAACACACAAUUAACGGCGUUCGGUAUCCUUUGGAGCUUCAUCUAGUCCACAUUUCUGGUGAUGGAAGCAUCUCAGUGGUGGGAAUCUUAUACAAUUAUGGUAAUCCCGAUCUGCUUCUCAUUCAGCUUAGGAACAAGAUAGAACAACUGGCUACGAAAGGAUCUAAAGAGGAUGAAACAUUUGAAUUUCCUAUUGGUCACAUGGGAACCAAGUACUUCAUGCGCGAUUCUUUGAAGUAUUACAGAUAUGUUGGUUCUCUCACCACACCUCCAUGCACAGAGAAUGUUACCUGGAACGUCCUUGACAUGGUGAGACAAGUUAGCAAGGAUCAGGUUGAUGCUUUGAAAGCUCCAUUGGACGUAGCAUGCAAAGAAAAUUCAAGGCCUGUGCAGCCUCUGAAUGGACGUAAGAUUGAGCUCAGCGAUGCCACGAACAAAAUCUAAGCUCAAAUAUUCAAACUUCCUUGGAUCCAUAAAUUAAU